AAAAUGAAAACAAUAUUGCUGUUUGUCAUGUUUCUCGUAAUCCAAACCUCAACUGGUCGAAAGAAAACUAAAACAAGGGAUUCAGAUGAUAGCGAAGCACAUGACUCGUAUAAGAAUCUGGAUAUGAGCGGAACCUUGAGAAAAUCUUUCUUUUUGGUAAACGCAAUUGAAAACAUCUACAAUAACACAAUAUGUUCGCCGAUAUCCGCUCUGCUGCCGCUCGGAAAGCUGGCUUUGGGCGCAGACGGUAGUACGUCGGAUGAACUGCUUACAGCCAUUGGUGUAUUUAAUAUUGACAAGCUCAAGGCGCAUUUCAAAUUUCUCAUCGCUAGCUUACGUUAUUUACCCGGCGUGAGGCUAGAUGUCGCUAGUAAGCUAUACAUAAGCGAACAAACAAAAUUGCUGUCCAAAUUCAGUGAUAAUGCGAGAGAUGUAUUCACAUCUAGUGCAGAAAGGGUUGACUUCACAACUCCUGUGGCGACAGCUGAAAAAAUUAACAAUUGGGUGGAAAUGCAAACUAAUGACAUGAUAAAACAUAUUAUCUCUUCUGAUGAUAUAAGUCCGGACACAUCCAUGAUUUUGGUUAACGCUGUUUAUUUUCUUGGGAAAUGGGAAGAGCCUUUCACAAAAGUACAAACAGGCACAUUCAACACUCCAAAUGAUGUCCGACGCAUCAGCAUGAUGACUAAAGUGGCACAUUUUAACUAUACCGAAAGUGAAGCUUUGGAUGCUAAAAUACUCAAAAUACCAUACAAUGGUGGUAAGGCAUCGUUUCUCAUGGUUCUACCAAACACAAAGAAUGGCUUACCAAUGUUAUUGAGUCAAUUAAAGUUGGCACCAGAAAUAUUAGAUUCCGCCCUUGGAACAUUAAUAACUCGAAAUGUACAUGUCACUAUACCGAAAUUUAAAAUAGAAGGGAAUAUUGAUUUGCGAUUCAUGUAUGAACAGAUAGGAGUAAAACGUAUAUUUAAUGAAUACGAAUCAGAGCUUAAUGGUAUAGUGAAAGACAAAACUCUGUUUGUAUCUAAAGCAAAACAAAAGGCAAUGAUUGAUGUCAAUGAGUACGGUACUGAAGCAGCCGCAGCCUCUGCCAUAGUUGCAUCAAAGUUGUCUUACGAGAAAACAAUGCAGUUCCGAGCGGACCAUCCCUUUCUGUUCUUCGUUCUUUCGGAUAAGCAACAAUUGUUUGCUGGGACUUUAGUUUAUCCACCAAUUCAGCAAUCGCUAACGAGUUACAAGUUGGGAACAUCAAUUCAUCAGAAUUUAUCAUCCGCAACUUCGUCGAUUAGGGUCGAUGGCAAAAAGCACGAGGUUCCUAGUACCGAUAAAGAUGAUGAUGAAAAACCACUUGAUUUUCUUACAAAUAAUCCAAAAAAUGAAAUAAAAGAUUAUUUUCUACCGCCAAUAUUUGAAAGUAACGACGAAAUGGAAGAGGAAGAUGAAGAAGAUGAAGCAGAACAAAGUUAUUUAGAUUAUGAUUAUAAGGAAACAAAUUAUAAAGAUUCACCAGAUUCUGUAACAGCGAAAUAUGAUGAUUCGCAAAUAGAUGAUAAAUUACCGUUGCACACGCCUAAAGACAAUUUGCCCGUGUUUUUGCUUGAGCCAGAAAAUACGUAUGUUGUUAAAAACAAACCAGCUAUACUGAAAUGUCGAGCUGCCAAUGCUUUAGAUGUAUACUUUAAUUGUAACGGAGUUAAAACGCAGGCUCUAAAUUUUGAGUUCGUCGAUCCUCAAACUGGAGUCAGAAUUAUUGAAGGAGAGUACAAAGUGACAAGAGAUAAAGUUGAGGAAUAUUUUGGAAGUGAUAAAUAUCAAUGUUCUUGUAACGCUUGGACUAGUCGAGGGCAUAUUUGGAGCCAACCAGCUACUAUUGAACUGGCUUACAUCAAGAAGCACUUCACGAUAGCUCCCCAGUCACAAUUAGUCAGUUUGAACAGUGGAGUGACGUUUAGAUGUGAACCACCUCAAGCUGCGCCGUUCGCACAAGCAUAUUGGUUGAAAAACGGAGCCCCGGUGGUAGCUGAUGAUAAUGUACAGAUCACUAAGGAAGGCAGCUUAGUGAUCAAACAGGCUACUUUGAUGGAUAUGGCGAACUACACCUGCGUCGCUGAAAAUGUUGCCGGGAAAAGAAUGUCGGAGCCCGCUCUCUUAACUGUUUUUGUAAACGGAGGCUGGAGCAGUUGGUCAGCCUGGACCGAUUGUUACUGCGCUGGACAGCCCCGAGACCAGGGUCGAGGAAGGAGAAGGGUCAGAAGCUGCACAUCCCCCAGACCCUUGAAUGGCGGACAAGCGUGUAUCGGCCCUAGUGUGCAGAGAACGCAAGAUUGUUUUGAUUGCGAUUUAGAUGUGUACGUUGACACUUUGGAUGAAUUAGCAGAUGAAUCAUCAGAUAUUAUAAUCGGUCGCUGGUCAAAAUGGUCAGAAUGGUCGCGCUGCGACUCCGACUGCCUGCAAACACGGCGAAGGCGCUGCGUCACCAGCACUGCUUGUCUUGGCAAGGAUUACCAGGUCGCGCAGUGUCCAUUAUGUAUACGGACUUCUAAAUCGGAUCUACUGCAUGAUGGAUCAUCAUAUUGGCCGCUUUUUGUAAUAAUAUCAAUUGCGUUUCUUAUAUUCAUCGUAGUGGCUGUGUUGGUUAUAAAAUAUAUGAAAAUUAAAAUGAACGAAGAUUCUCCAUAUGUUAAACCACCACCAGGGUCAAACUAUUUCGGUAACGUAAUAAAGCGAACACUCACAAACCAGCCAGACUUGAUCCACGAGGAGUUCCAAACGGUGCGACAGACGCACAGACCGAAUCCGAGACAUGAACAUUUGUAUGAAGUGCCACAAUUGGCUAACAGUUACAUCGCACCCAUUGAUCACGAGGUAAGCACAGGUCGGAAUCAAAUGGAAAAGUUCGCUUGCAAGGAUAACGUGGGGUCGGAAAUAUCUGACUCCAGCUGCUUUCUGAGCUCGGGCUCGUCGUACGGUAACGAAAGUGUAGAAAUGUCACCAUCUCUAAAAAACAACGCGUCAGUAAAUUCAAAAUUUCAUCAAUAUUUGGAGACAACGGUAUCAAAAAUAGUGGCUGGCGAUGGGGAUUGGUUGAACUUGAACAAGUGUGGCGUUAGUUUGUUCGUGCCUGAUGGGGUUGUUGAAAAGGAAGAGCUGUUCUCUAUUGAAGUCACUGACGAAGAUUGGAAUAGACCUUUGUUACAAGAAGGUGAAACUCAACUCAGCCCCGUUAUAAGAUGCGGCCCAAAGAAUUUCCACUUUAGCAAGGGAGUCGUUCUUACCUUCCCACAUUGUGCAGCUUUGAAAAACUCCAGCUGGAUGCUAUCAAUUCUUCAGAAACCAGAAGAAGUCAAUUCUAGAGAAUGGCGAAAAGUUCUGACUUUAGGUCAAGAAACGCCGGGAACUCCAAUAUUCGCUCAAGUCGAUCCAGCCAAAGCAUAUUUAGUUUGUGAAUUUUUAAGUGACUUUGUAUUGGUAGGAAGAAGUUUUAACGGCUUGGACGCUAAAUUGUUAAAAAUCGCUAUUUUCGUUAAUAAAACUGGCGAAGAUGGUUACAAUUUAAAUGUACGCGUUUUUAACGAUACCCCGUUUGCUUUUUAUGAGUGUUUUGAGAACGAGCGACGUUCCGGUGGCUUUUUGCUUUGUGAGCCAAAGACGUUGUACUUUCAAGAAAAUUGCUCGGAUUUGUGUUUUAACGUUAGGGAUGUUGGAACCGGCUGGAAGAUUCAGCCGGAAGCGAAGUACCAGGAACUUUCGUAUUUGCACGUCUGGAAUAUGAGCGUUAGGUCUUUGUACUGCGUAUUUGCUUUGACACAAAUCGACGCGAUUAAUUGCUUGGAACUCAACGUUACUGUGUAUCAGAAACAAAAGCAAUCGAACUCCGUCAAUUUCAAUUUGAAAACGAACGAUUUUAAUUCGAAUCUCAGUUGUAAUAAGCGUUUUAGUUACUCAGGCGUGGAGAUGGGUUAUAGCGUUAAUAUCCUCGAAAAUCCAUUUAAUUAUUCGUCGCUAUCCAAAAAGGAGGGUAGGUAUAAUUAUACGCAGCGAAAUGGGAUUCAAAGAAAUAAUUACUCUUUGGACAAUAAUCAUUAUAGGAUUAAUGUAUUGACGAAAUCAGAUAGAGUUAUUCUUUGUAAAUUAUUGGAUAGUCAGUCGUCUAAAGGCAACGAUUGGAGGUUGUUGGCAGAAAAGUUGAAACUAUCGUCGUAUUACUAUUAUUUUUCUAACACUUGUUCACCGACGGAGAAUAUAUUGAAUUUGUGGAUUUGUAGGAACAACGACGCGAAUAUGCUAGUGAAUUUGUCGAGAAUAUUUAGAGAAAUGUCUCGCGUGGAUUGUGCGACAGUGGUCGAAAGGCGCUGCUUUCUGAAUUAGACUGAUAGAAAUAGUUCCAAUAAUUUUGAUGGUGAAGUACUAACAAAUGGAUGUUUUAUUUAUACUACAAUGAGGUUUACGUUAUGCACCGUUCAUUGCUUUAAUACUUUUAUACAUUCACAACAAUUUACUUUACAGAGGAGAUAUUGCAAACCUAGUUUAAGUUAGUUAGUUCACGAGUGCCACUUUAUUCUAGUCUUAUCACGCCAUAGAUUAUUUAAUAGACGAUAUUUUUAUUUCAUAAGAGAUGAGUUCAAUUUUACUGUGUAAUAUUAUUUUUAUAUGCGACACUUUUAUGUUUUUCUACUUAUCUACCAACACUAGGAAUUAGGUAGUUGUUUUAUGGCAUUUAGUACCUACAACUUGUUUUCAUCCUACCUAUAUAAUAAGAUCUUAAAGCGUGUUGUAUGUUAGCACUUUCUCGCUACUUAAGUGCUUGCAUCUAGCAGCUCACACAAUAGUACGCAGGAUCAUGUGUUUCAAGCCUACUGAGGCUGUGUUCUGCGUUAAGAGGAGCGGAUUAAAAAGAGAACCUUUAGUGGUCGGACUGUUUUGCUAUCUGUGAUUUUAUUAUAUCCUUUUGUAUACGGUUUUAGAUGAAUUCUACUUAGAUGUAUGUAUGAAGAUCAAUUUUUAUUGACUUGCAUUUAAUCAUUGCCUGUAUUUCCAAUUUAUCAUUACAAAUUAUAAGUUUAAAACUUAAAGCACGAUGUGACGAUUUAUAACGUUUCUAUGGUUAAAUUUUAUUAUUUUCUAUUUUAUAAUUUACAGUUUCAACUAACAAUAAUUACAAUAGUAGGUAAUACAAAUACAAUCAUAACAAGAUAAAUCGUUGUUAAUUAUUGUGCAUACACGCUCAAUAUUCCGCUCCGCUUAUCGCUCUUUAAACCACCGUGACUUUACUAUUUCAGUAUUGAGGUUGAGAUUCCAUUGUGUUGGUCGACUGGUAGAAAAGUGCUUGAAGGAUGUGUGAGUGUGUUAUGUAUGGGCGUAAAGCGAAAUUCUUGGGGCAUCAACGCAUCGAAAAUGUUACAAGCGAUUUUUUUCUCUUUAUAGAACUGCGACUGGAUUGUGAACCUUUAAAAUUAUUCUUAUGAUUAAUUGGCUCUCUACUACAAGAAAUUGUUGGCUCUUAAUAAAAUUGCGGGUAUAUUAUGAACCUUUAAAGCUUAUGUUUAAUUGUCUACGAAUUGAUUUUAAAUUUCGUAGUUUAUCAAAAAAAAAUAGCAUUUUAAUUUCUGCAUUACAUAGUAGUUCAUAAUAUUUCCGUGUUUUGUAUUUUGUCGUUUAAUCUUGAAUGUAUAUUUCUUUUGUGUGACGUCAUUAUUAUUGUGUUACGCACACUGCAAAAUGCAAUAUUGUAACACGCACACAGAUGUAUUUUCUGGUAAUCGAUACUUCUGAAAAUUAUUAAUAACGGUGCGUUCUUUUGGAGUAUUGUAUAAAGCUAUAUAAACAAUAUUUUAGACGUUUGUUGUAAAAAUGUAGGCCUAGAGUGCUUAUAUUAAAGAUUAUGUUUGAAACAUAAAUAGUUGUAUAUUUCUGAACCAAAUAGAAAUGGUACUAGAUAAGUAUAAGAGUAGUGAGUUUAAAAUUUUGAAAUAAAAUAUA